UGAGUGGUGCGGUUAGGUUAGGUAAGGUUAGGUUAAAUUAAUUAUUUCUAGGUUAGCUUAGGUUAGAUUAGGUAAGGUUAGGUUAGGUUAAAUUAAUUAAUUUUAUGUUAGGUUACAUUAGAUUAUUUCAGGGAAGAGAGACUCGCUCUUCUUUGGGUUAGGUGAAGCUAGGUUAGGUUAAGUUACAGUCAGGUUAGACUACUUCAGUCAAACAGGAAGAGAGAGAUCCACUCAGUUUUCUUUGGGUUAGGUGAGGUUAGUUAGUUAAUAUGGUCGAACUAAGGGAGAGAGAGAGAGAGAGACUGACUCCCUCUUCCUUGCGUUACGUUAGGUCGGACUAAAAAAGAGAUGUAUUGCAUCUUCAUAUUAAAAUUUAAGGGGGACUUUUAGGAGAAUAGGUGAAGGAGUCGAGGCUUACACCGCAGCAAAAUAAUUGAUUGACUGAUUGAUUAAUUUAGGUUACAUUAAAUUAAUACGGUCGACUCGGGUAAGGAAGAGAGCCUUAUUCCAUCUUGGGUAGAAUUGAGGUUUAGAUGGAUGAGUAAAGGAGGGAGUGGCUGAGGCCUACACUGCGGCAAAUUAAAAGGAGACAAUUGACUGAUUAGGUUAGGUUAAUACAAUCGAACUAGGGAAAAGAGAGACACACUUCAUUUUCCUUAAUUAAAACGGCAAGUCUGCCAAACUACAUACGUACAUCUUACCCUAUUUACAUUUUCUUUCCAGGACAAAUGAGGGAAGUGGACAGGGUCGGACAAGGUAGCAAACAAACUACAGGGACGCAGGGUAGGGCGGGCAGGCGGUGAGGGAGUGUGUACCGAUGUUGUCGACGUGGGUCACAUGGUCCAUAUGAUCCCGCCGUGUGAGGUACAGCGUGAUCUGCCGGGGAGAAGGCGCGGAAUACUGUGCUGCUUGUGGUGUUCCUGUCGUGCUGCUCAUUAGUCUGGAGUCAACAGCAGCAACAGCAGAAAGGACAACAUGAGGGGAUUGAAAAAGCAGCUGCGAUUAAUGAAGACCGUAGAAUGAGCAUGAGACUCUUCGCCCGGUACAGCACCACUACCGAGGCACUCAUCAGCAUCAUCACCUCGGUGGUCCCCUUCGUCUGCUACUCCACCUCCGGAACUACUGGAUGCGUGGGAAAGAGACGGCGGCGCAGCGUGACACCCGCGAUCUUUCUGAACACCCCUCGGCCUGAUGCCCUUGAUUCUUCCCUACUGGAGGAUCUCGACAGUGGUGGGGAGGCACGUGAAAACAAUCGGACAGAUAGAUUUUUCUUCACUGUCGUUAAAACUACCACUUCAGUCUUUACCUUCACCUCCACCUCCACCAAUAUCUCAAUCACUGUCUCUGCCCGGGCCUUUUGUACCUUUGCUGGAUUUACUGGACCUGUUUGUUAGCUGGCCCUGUACUUUCUAGAAUUUCAGUGUUAUAUGUAUACUGUUCUUUUGGCUAGUUAUGUUAUCAGAAUUUUGUUAGUAUAAGGAAGUUUUGCAUUUGAAGGUGUAUAUGUUAUGUGGAUUUUGUGUGGGCCCCUCGAAUAAUAUGACAUCAGGCAAA